AUGGGAUCAAAACAUGAAGGCGGUUUACUUGAACAUCGAACACGUUAUAUUAUUCUUUUGCUUGGAUGGAUUUGCUUAACUUCAAUCUUUUCUAAUACAAUUGCGCUUAAUUUUACAUUUAUAUGUAUGACAAAGCCUGUUUCAAAAAAUCAAACACAAAACGAUAUUGUCGAUUUUGGUCAUUUCACAAAAGAGCUCCAUUAUGGACAAAACGAAAAAUCAGCAUUACUUUGGGCACUCGGUUUUGGUACUUUUAUCGGUGUUUGGCCUUUUAAUUUUUUAUAUCUUCAAUAUGGUGCACGAUAUGUUUUUUUUGCUGCUGGUUUCCUAUCUGCUUUUUCUACGCUUGUCAUACCUCUUACAGCCUAUAUGGGCCUUAUAUGGUUUAUUGCUGCUAGAAUCCUUCAGGGAAUAGCAUAUGGUGCUGAUUUUGCCGCAAUUGGAGUUAUAACAGUACGUUGGGCAUCACUAAAGCAAAAUGGGGUAUUUAUUGCAGUGUUGACAAGUUUUAAUAGUCUUUCAACACUUAUCACGAAUCCUAUUUCCGGUUUGCUUUGUGAAUCAUCAUUUGGUUGGCCAGCUGUAUAUUAUGUACAUGCAGCAUUUGGCAUUUUCAUAUUCACCAUUUGGGUGGUAUUCUAUCGAGAUCAACCAGAAAUGCACAAAAAUGUUUCAGGCAUUGAGUUAGAAAAGAUUCGUCGAGAGAAAUCUGAAGGAUACAUCAGCAGUGAAAAAUAUGUCCCAUAUUUGGCUAUAAUAAAAAAUCCUGCAAUAUUAAUUGUUUGGCUUAAUGCAUUCGUCGAAAUUGUUUCUGCUUUAUUUCUUCUUUCCUAUGGGCCUACUUAUAUCAAAUAUGUCUUGAAUAUCAGCGUUGAAGGCACAGGAUUUUUGGUUGCUCUCCAAGGAUUAUCUUUCCUACCAUUUCGAAUCGCUGCUGGCUUCAUGAGUGAUCAGAUCAAAUGCAUGAACGAGUAUCGGAAAAUGAUCUUCUUCAAUACGCUAUCAUUAGUUGGAGCUAGUGUAUUUUAUUGCAUACUUGGUUUUAUCGCACCUGAAAAGACUUCAUUAUCUGUAUUUACUCUUGCAACAGCUCAUGCUGUUAUGGCGUUUAAUGUUGGUGGAUUCUAUAAAUGUGGAACAUUUGUAGCUCGACAGCAUAGUCAUUUCGUGAUCUCAAAUAUACAAUUCAUCAAGUGUGUUGCAUUGUUUAUAUCACCAUUACUGGUUGCAAUAUUUGUCACCGAUGAUUCUGCACAGGAACAAUGGCGAAUUAUUUUCAUAAUUUUAGCAGCAUCAUUAUUCGUAGCGAAUUUCGCGUUCUGUUUGAUAGCAACCGAUCAACCCGCCAAGUUUACAACAUUUCAACCGGAUAAAAAGAGACAAAACCUUGCAAUUACUUCAAUUUCAUGA